AUGAGAUAAGAUGAUUAUUUUAGAGUACUAGAGAAGGAGAAGAAAAAAGAGGACUUAAAACGAUAAGAAUAACAGAGAUUGGAGGAAGAACAAACAAGGAAAUAAAAAUAGGAAGAGAAAUUGAUCAGGGACAAGGAGCAAAUUGAUAGCGAUUCUAAAGAUAAGAACAAAUCUGCAAGGGAUGACAAAAGCAUCAAAAUAAAAAUCGAUGAUGAUAGAAGCAUUAAAGUAAAACCAUAAAGGAAAAAGAUGAAAGAUAAUAAGGCAGAUAAAUAUGAUAAACAAUUAGAGAUUUUGAGACCAGAACAAUUAAUUGAGAAUGAGAUAGGCAAGCCUUAUUAUUUAGUGCCUGAUGAUACCUAAUUAGAAAUCAAUGUAGCAAUUUCUAUUGAUUUUAGAAAGAACUAAUCAAGAGGGAGGAUGAUAAAGUUAGGAGAUGGAAGGUUUUUAUUAAUGAAAUAAGGUUGGAAAAUUUACAAAAAGAGUAACUAUCCAUUUUUCUGAAUAUCAGAAUAGGAUAAAUUGGGAAGAAUGCUAUUAAGUAAGCAGAUGUAUCAAGUGAAGAAGCCUUUUUUAAAUCAGAAAUCUGCAGGGAUCUAAAAAGAAGUGAAGUCAAGGUAAUUAAGGUGAUGUUUGAAACAGAGAUGCAUCUCUCAUAUUAAAUGCUAAAAGAACGUUAUUUAGUCAUAGAAGUGUGGGAAUGCAGGCGAUUUAGGUUGAAUUUGUUUUUGGGUAAAAUUCAAGUGCCUCUGAUUAAUAUCGCGUCUGGAAAUAUAAAGAGACAAGAUGAUAUCAAAACGGCUUUUGGAGAGAAAAGAUAAUUUGCUAGGAUCUAUUACAAUGUCUUGUUUUAGGAGGUGUGGGAUUACAAACUAACAUUUGAAGCUUGGAAAGGAUCAAACAUUAUAGCAGAUCAAGGGAAAGAGCAUGAUCCUAAAAUACAACUGACUUUGAUGACUGAUGAACUAAUUUAACCAUAAGUUGAAUCAGAACAAAUUAAGAAGACCAAGAAUCCCAAUUUUAGAAAUCUCAAAGGAUUUAUGCAGUUUAGAGGAACCAUGGAGGAUUUGACUUAGUAAAUGAUGAAGGUAACAUUAUUCUUUGAUUCCUAUUUUAAUAAAAUUGAAAAAUUGGUUUCAUUACGAGGAAUACAGGAUACCAAUUACUUGAAAGUGCAAUUUAGAUUAAAACUUAAAGUACCUCCACCAAUAGUGAAAAAAACAAAGAAACCAAAGAAGAAAAAUAAACAAAAAAAGAAGUGGGAUGGGAAUGAUGAUGACAAGGAUUAAGGAGACGAUGAAGAUGGCUUAAGAGAUGAAGCAUACUUAGCAAUUAUUGAAGGAAGAGUAAACCUUAAUAAGGUACCACGAUAUUCAUAAAAUGGAGAACUCAACACCUACAUUCCAUAAUAAUAUUAUCUAGUAGUUACAAUAAAUAGACUUAACAAUAUAUUGAGUCCAGAUGAUAGAGGAGUUAUAAACACAUAUUUGACUGUGGCCUGGAGAGAUCAGGCUAAAACAACCAGAAUGAUCAAGAAUGAUCCAAAUCCAUCAUAUAAUGAGGAAUUAUACUUUAGGAUACCUAUCCUUAGAAGGGAGAAGACCUUUGAAGAUAUAAUCAAUUAAAAAACAGACUAGGAUUUACUCGUUGAUGCUUUGCGUGAAGAAUUGAAAUCAAGACCAGAUAUUACUAUAUAGUUAUGGUUAGAUGGAUAAGAUAUUUUGAGUGAUGAAUCUUUGGGAUAUUGCAGAGUGUUUCUAUCAGAAAUUCAAAAAGCAAGCAAAUUCAAAAAGACUUUGUUGACUGAUGACAAUAGGAGAUUUUAGUUUGAAACACGAGAAGCUACCUUUACUAAGAAAUUUGAGAGUGGGUUAUUUAAUGUUAGUCAUAUUUAAAUCACAUUUUAAGCAUUCUUUGCUCCUGAUCUACCUGAAGAAUUAAACUUAGAUGAAUUUUGUGAGGUUCCUGAUGAUAUAUAUCCAUAUCAGAUUUCAGAUCAACUCUAAGUCUAAAAGAAUCAUGAAGAAAAUGAGGAGUAUAAAGCUUGGGAGAAACAUGUGAGAGAUAAUUUCUCAUAGUUUAGUUUGGAUAACAACACAGCUUUUAACAUAUUUUUUAAGAGUAUCUUUGUGAGAGAUCAAUUUAAUUAUAAUCAUUUGGUUUGUAAAUAUUUGGAGAAGUUUUACAUUAAAUUUUAAAGUGAAGAAGCUACAAAUGAAUUGUUUGCUAACCCUAAAGAUAUUAGGAUUAAAAAUUUACAUGAAAUGUGUCAUUUUGUUAGAAAUAUACCAUUUAUCUCAGAUUCUUUUUCAAAAAAUGAUGUCUGGAGAUCACCUGAUUUCUUAUUGAAAAUACGAAAAGGAUUUAUACAUGAUCAUGCAAUCUUGGGUGCUUGUUUAUUUAUGGGUUUUGAGAGAGAAGACAGAAAGAGAGAGUCUGAAAAGGAUUCUCAUAAAUAUAUCCCAUUUGAACAUAGAGUUUUUGUUUGUUUGGGUACACUCAAGCCCAAUUCCUAAUUUCAUGCUUGGCUUAUGGUUUAUUCACAUGAUCUAUCUGGUGUCUCAUUUUGGGAUGUUCAAGAAGAUUUUCAUAUGCAUUUAGAGGGAAGAAUUAGAAAAGACAAAAGAGCUGCCUUAAGAAAAUUCUUGUAUGCUGAAAGACCGGUAGCAAAGAAGGAGAGUGGAUUUGGAUUAGGUGCCUAAGGAAAUUUAAGUAAGGAUAAAAAGAAGCCAGUUUCAAGGGGGAAGCAAUUAAUGGAAAUGAAGAAUAAGGAAUUUGAAAAAGCCUAAUUAGAGUAAGCUUAGAAAAAAUAGAAAUAAAAUGAUAUUCUAAUUUAAUAACAACAAGAGACAGACAAGAAGAGGAAGAAAACAAGAACUAAUGCUAUUUUCUAACCUGAAGAUGAUGGCAGAGGAGAUUAGGAUGAAGAAGCUAUAGAACUAAUUUAGUUAGAAAGGUUAAGUGGAAAUAUCAAACUUAAAAACACAAGAUAAAUGGGAGAAGUCAGAUAAUCAAAGGAAAGAAUGAGUGAGCAAGAGGAGGAGGAUGAUAAGAAACCUACUGUAAAAGUAUCAGGAUCAGUUGCCAAAAAAACAACCUUUACUAAUCCUUUGCUUGCUUACAGAGAGGCUGAAUAAUAAACUGCCAUUGCUAAAAAGCAAGAGGCGGAGGAAGAAAUUUUAAGAGCCAAUCCAAUUGCCAAAUUUUCUAAAAUUGAUCGUUUCUUUGACAAAAAUGGAAAAGAGUAUAAUUUAUUAUUAUUUUAUAUUAGAGUCGUUGAUCCUGGCCAAUUACCAUACGAAACCAUAGAGAUUAUUUUUAAUAACAAAAAUAUGUAAUUUUUAAUGAUUGAAAAAUAGAUUUGGUAAUAUGGCUAAUUAGAAUCCCUAGCAGAUAUUUUAUCAUUUGCAUGACAAAAGAAAAUGGUACCCAUUUAUUAAAGAGACUAUUCCAAACACAGGAGAAUAGGAGGAAAGCGAUGAGGCGGAGUCAGAUAAUGAUACUAAUAUAUAAAUUGAUGAGGAGGAACUUGAAGAUAAGUUGAAUUUAAAGAAUGAAGAAUUCAUAGAAAAAACUUGGAAUCAAAAAUUAGGUGCUUUUUAUUCUGCUCAAAUUCUAAAGGAACCAAUCAAAAAGAAUAGAAUCAAAAGAUUGUUAGAGGAUAUUUUCAUGGAAGUAAAAUAAGGAGUAGAAAAGGCUCGAGGAAAAAGAUCCCUAUUUACUAAAUGGAAGCAUGAUUAAGAUGGAAUUAAUAAAAAGAUGGAAUAAUAUUUGAAAAUCUUAGAAUAUAAGACUACUUACAGAACAUUAAGAGUAGUCUAAUAGAAACAUUAUGAGGAAACUCAAUGGAAUCAUAUUUACAAGAGUAGAAAUUAUGAAGAAAUCAUUGAGCAAUGGAAAAAAGAAGUCAAGGCAAUGUUACCUUUGAAUACACAUUUAUGCGUACUUCCAAUGAGAUUUGAUUAUACAGAAGUAAACAUCUUAUAAUUUAUUAUAAAAGUCUGGGAAAAUCAAAUCAGCCAUAGUUGAAAAUAUGGAACCCUUUUUUAUGAGAAGAGAAAAUUAAAUUAUAUUUAACCUUGCAGGAAAGAUUUUUAACUAUCCCAAUAGAGUAAAUAAUCAUUUUAAAUAUGAAAGAUAGUUUGUGUUAGAUUGAUUCUUGGAUAUUCAUAUUGUCAGAAUUUAGAAGAUAUUAAAUAGAAGGAGGAAAGUGAGGAUGAAGAAUAAGAAUAUCUAUAAGGCGAAAUUGAUAUUUAAAAACCUAUGCUUGAUGAUCUUGAUGGGGAUGAAGAGGAAAAUGCAGAUUUAUUAAAAAAGAAAAACCCAGAAAAAGAUCAAUAAAAAUAAUGA